UAAUUUUAUAUUCUUUCUCUUGUGUUUUCCUUCAAUAUUGGAAAAGCCCUUUCUUUUAAAAUUCCAAUAGCACCAGAAGAGAAGAUAUAAAAGGUGCCUUGGGAAUUCUGGGUUCUGCUUUGUUUGUGAUCCAAUCAGUUUUUUCUUGGGAAACUUGGGUUGGUUUUGGUUUGGAGAAAGUUGGCUCCCCCCCCCCUUUUUUCUGAUAGAUGGAUGAUGAAUUUGCUAAGCUUAUCAGAAGGGUGAACCAGCCUAGAGUUGUGAUUGACAACAAUGCUUGUGAGGAUGCCACUGUUAUACAGGUUGACAGUGUCAACAAACAUGGAAUUCUCCUAGAAGUUGUCCAAGUGCUUACUGAUAUGAAUCUUACAAUAACAAAGGCAUACAUAUCAUCUGACGGUGGAUGGUUUAUGGAUGUGUUUAAUGUUGUUGACAAUGAUGCCAACAAAAUCAGAGAUAAGGAAGUAAUUGACUAUAUUCAGAGUAGAAUCGAAAUUGGUGCUGGCUUCGUGUCUUCCCGUAGAGGCACAGUAGGGGUGAUGCCUUCGGAGGAGCAUACAUCAAUUGAACUUGCCGGCACUGAUAGGCCUGGUCUACUAUCAGAAGUAUGUGCGGUUCUUGCGGACCUCCAUUGCAAUGUUGUAAAUGCUGAGAUAUGGACCCAUAAUACUAGGGCUGCUGCUGUAGUUCAUGUGACAGAUGAUUCAACAAACUGUGCAAUCAAUGAUCCGAAACGUCUCUCAACGAUAAAGGAAUUACUUCGUAAUGUUCUCAAAGGAAGUGAUGACUUGAAAACAGCGAAAACAAUGCUUUCAGCUCCAGGUGUUAUGCACAGGGAGAGAAGGUUGCAUCAAAUCAUGUUUGCAGACAGGGACUACGAAAGGAUCGAGAGGGCAGGAGUUAGGGCAGUAGAGGAGGGGAGAUCAAGACCCCAAAUCACUCUGUUGAAUAUCGAAAAAGAUUACACUGUUAUUACCAUGAGGUCAAAAGAUCGGCCAAAAUUAUUGUUUGAUAUAAUUUGCACUCUCACAGAUAUGCAAUAUGUUGUUUUUCAUGGAAUGAUUAACACAGGAAGGAUCGAAGCUUAUCAGGAAUUCUAUAUCAGACAUGUAGAUGGGCUCCCCAUUAGCUCGGAAGCCGAGCGUGUCCGUGUUAUUCAAUGUCUUGAAGCAGCCAUUGAGAGGAGGGGGUCUGAGGGGUUAGAACUAGAAUUGUGCACACAAGACAGAUUUGGACUCUUGUCUGACAUCACUCGAAUAUUCCGUGAAAACAGCUUGUGUAUCAAGAGAGCAUUAAUUUCAACUAAAGGUGGCAAGGCCAAUGAUACCUUCUAUGUCACGGACGUGACAGGAAAUCCAAUCGAUCCGAAGAUCAUUGAUUCGAUCCUUGCACAGAUUGGACAUACUGCAUUACAGGUGAAGCAUAACUCGAAUCUUGCACCAAAACAACCUCAUCAGGAGACAACAGUGGGACAUUUCUUUGGAAGCCUAUUCAAAGCUCGAACUUUUCAGAAUUUCAAGUUAAUCAGAUCUUACUCUUGAUAUCACUUACUCAUUUAAGUAGGCUAUACUUGUACAGGAAUAUCAGAUAUCAACCCAAAAGAUAUACAUGGGGAGAAAAGUCUGUAAAUAUUUAGCUUCCUUCUCCCUUGCUUGGUUACGAAUGUUGUGAUACUGUAAAGGAAAAGAGAAGGCAUUGGCCAG